AGCACCGGCAAGGAGGUGGUGUGCUUCGUCCCCGGCGAGGGCCACAACCUGCAGGAGCACCACGUCGUCCUGGUGCAGGGCGGCCGCACCCAGGACCUGCCCGGCGUCAAGCUCACCGUCGUCCGCGGCAAGUACGACUGCGCCCACGUCCAGAAGAAGAAGUGA